UCCUCGUUAAUGAUUAGAAAUAUUCCAAAUAGACUACGUCAUGAAUUUUUAGUGGAGAUUUUUAAUGAACAAUUCCCAGAUUCAUUCGAUUUCUUUUUUUUACCAAUUGAUAAACUUACAAAAGUAAAUUUGGGUUAUGCUUUUAUUAAUUUCAAAAACUAUAAAACCAUUAUUAGCUUCUAUGAAUAUUUUCAUCAAAGAAAAUGGUCCAAUUAUAAUGAACAAAAAGUUUGCCAAUUGGCAUAUGCAACGUGCCAAGGUAGGGAAAAUUUAAUUGAUCAACACAAA